UUCCUCUUCCUCCACACAGCUAGAGAUGUCGAGGGUUCUUUCCACACGUAUCCUAGUCUGGGCGGGCCAUUUCAGAGCUUGCAGGAAGCUGAGAACGCUAUCACUAGCCAUCUUGACGAGUUGCGCUCCCCAAUGAUGUGCACAGAUGGGCUUUCGGAUGCUGAAAUUGGUAUAUUACACGCCCUUCACUGGCCUGAUGGCACAAGGAAGAAAUCUUCUAAAGGCAAUGUGGAACAUAAGAAUAUCAGCUUAUUAGUUCAAGCGUUACUGGACAAAUACAAUGAAGCUCACCAUCUUUUGGGGGAUUUUGCAUAUGAACUUGAUGAUGUUGUUAUCUUCCGAGAAUUUGUUGAGGGGGAGAAAGUGACUAGGUUCUAUCAUAUCAAUCUGGCUACAAAAACCAAAGGAGAAGAUGGUCUGCACAGUGGCGUCAACAAUUUAUUUUUUGCUGAAGUCAGACAAAUUAAAGGAGAAAAUGUAUAUGUACUCAGUUGUUUAUGUAUGGUUAAAGCUACUGACUGUGGCCAAAGCUAUGGUUGCUUGAGUUAUGGAAAUGUUGAUUUGAAGCACCCUGUUGAUACUGAUAAAUACAAAGGUGGCCACACUGCCCCGCGCUCACCAUGUUGCGGUUUUUAUCUACGGUGUGAUGUUAUCCCUGGCCUAGAUGUACCUGAAUGCAUCGAGGAUGAGGAGGCUAGGCUGGCGAAGGAGGAGGCUAGGUUAAGAUAUAUAUACAAGUGCCCUGCUCCGGCAAAAUUGGAUGGUGGAAGAGUGUGUGCUGGUUUGGCAAAGGGAGAGGAUGCUGGUUUGACCAAGGGAGAGUGUGGCCAGGGAAGCGUGAAAUACAUUGUACCUGCUAGGCGUCGCCUGCUGGUUUGAGUAACCCCUCAAGUACGCAGAUAAAUUUAAUUUGAUUUAGUUUCUAGUAUCUUGGAGAAGGAUUAAACUCCUCAUGCACCAUAAUUUGGGAUGUUGUUGCUGCAAUAGUAGAAUGUAUGGACCUGCCAUUUGCUUUGGACUUGGUUGUAGCUGCUCGGAAGUUUGGUGCAUUGGGUCUGUAAUGUGUAAUGUUUCAUAUUUUAGUUCCAUGGAAGGACUGCAAUGGAGCUGCCUUUUGUUUUUUAAAUGUUGUCAAUAUUUAUGCUUC